CUACCUCCAUACCUAGCAGAUGUCUUCCUCAUGCGAUUUGGUUGGUUGGUUUGACGCUACACGGUUGGUGUGCAGGUCUGCGUGUGGGAUUUCCGCCAGCAUUGCUGCGUAGGAUUUGGUGUUCUCGCACUGGGGCAGGGGAGGCGGUCGCAUUGCUCUACCGCCUGUUGGUCGCUGGCAGUUCACGGUCGAGGGCAAGUUGAUCUCCUUCCAUCAGAGUGUGCCUGCACCGGCUCGAAGAGAUGGCCUACAGCAUGCUCUCUAAGCUUGAGUUAGGUGCUGACAACCCACGCAUCUGUGUUCGUGUUUCAAGGCUAUGGGAGUUCGCUAAUCCAAAUGAUGAGACACAAUUGCUCCACCUUGGUUUGGUUUUGAUUGAUCAGGAGGGCACUAGCAUUGCAGCACAGAUAUACCCUCCCUGCGAUCUGCAGUUCAGAGAAAUCAUCACUGAAGGCAAAGUGUACUAUCUUGAGUACUACCGUGUGAGGGAAUGGAGCAGGCGAUACAGGCCAGUCAACAACAGCCUGUCAAUUUGUUUUACAAGGUGGACUAAAGUUGAACAGGUUGCAGAUCCGGCAGCUGAUUUCCCUUUGUACACUUACUCACUCACACCAUAUGGUGGACUCCGUCAGCGUGUCGAUAGGAAAGAAGAAUUCACAGAUGUCAUUGGCAUUAUUACUGAGGUAACAUCUGUUACGACAGUUCAGACGCGCAUCCGAGAUGGUGAUAGCCUGAAGAGAAGCAUUUACAUACGUGAUACUAACGAUACAAUCUUAAAUGUGGCGCUAUGGGGAGAACGUGCUACAAGCUUUCCUGUCGAUGAAGUGGUUGCUGCUGGUCAGAAAGAACCACAGAUAGCGAUAUUUGUGGGCACUCUUGUGAGGGGCUAUGGCGACAUAUCUCUAUCAGGCAACUCAGCUUGCAAAUGGUACAUUAAUGUGAACACUCCUGAGGUCAACUCCUUCAAAGAAAGCAUACAGGGAAAAUAUGAACCUAUCAAAAUGAUUGAGCUCCCAGCUGUUGGAGCUGUUCGUACUGGCGCCGAACAAAAGUCAAUUGCCCAGAUCAAGGACCUCAACCCUUUUAUGUUUAGGAAAAAUGAAUUCAUGGUUACUGUCGUCAUUAAGAAGAUCGACACAGAAUCAUCCUGGUGGUACCCUGCAUGUGAUACCUGCAAAAGAACAGCAAAACCAUAUGGAAAGUCAUACAGGUGUGGCAAUACAUCCUGCCCUGCUGUGGUGUCAGCAUCACCUAGGAUCAAACUCAGCCUCAUUGCAGGAGACGACACAGGUGACACUAAGUUUGUGCUCUUUGGGCGCACAGCACAACGCAUUAUCGGUCGACCAGUCGAGAUGCUGAUACAGAACAACCCUGCUGGCAUUGAGUUCAUACCAAAGGAAAUUACAGAUCUUCUUGAGAAGGAGUUUACUUGGAAUGUUGCCUUCACUGAAAACACCCUGUCUUCCAGCACUGUUUCGUUCCAAGUGAAUUUGAUCGUUCGAGGUCCUGACAAUCCCUGUUCUUCAGCCUUGCAAUCCCCAUCUGCAUCUCAGGCAUCGUCUGCAGUGCCUUCUCAGGCUUUAUCACCAGGGCUAUCACAUGGUCUCUCUAUUGGGCAGUGUUCGGCAGCGGCUGAUCCAUCUAUUGGAUUUGCUGAUCCAACAGCUGGAAUAGACAGCCCAUUAGCCGCUUCAAUCAAGCACAAGAAACCGGAGACUGAGUAUCAGUCAAAACCUCCAGCUGAGCUUCCUCAGGACGAAGCAGAGGAUGAUGACAACCUUCCACUAAGCCAGAUAGUUGCUGACGAUGCUACUAAACAUAGCACGUCCAAGUCCUACAAGAAAAGGGCUAGGCCAUCUCCCGGUAUAGGAGCUGCUAAGAAGUUGUUCAAGGAUAAUGGUGAUGGUGUUGCUGAUGGCAGCGGAGACAACAAUGCCUGAUGCAUUGUGGGAAUAUGAAGCUUUUGCUUGAUACAGUUGCAGGAGAGUACACCGUCAGGUUCAGUGGCCUUACAUGCUGCCUCCAGCUUCGCUACGGCUUCACUGGGCAAUGUGUUAUGUACCUAUGCAAACUGUGCUAUUGUGUUGCUCAUUGUGUGUUUAUGAGCAUAAUACUUUUGUAACGGACCACGAAAACAUCUACCCAUGCGUUCUGUAGUUAGCUAGGAUUCUAUGUUAUCAUAGAUGCACUGUGAUAACCAUGAAUGCUGGCUGUUCAUUGAACGUUCUAUGCUGGACCUCCUAAGAUUAAUUAGACUGUUCUAAUGUUAUAAUCCAGAGCAAUCGAACUCGA